UUCAGUUGCAUUUUGUCAGCGGUUUCGUGACGAAGCUCCAAGCGGUUUACUCCUCCAUCAAUUAAACACGAAUUGCAGUGCCAAAACGCUUCUCGUUAUCCCAAAUUUACCUUCGUUCUACCUAUUAUUUUUUUUUGAGUGAUUGUUUUUGGGUGGAAAAGCAGCAGGAACGAAAACCAAAAAAAAUCCCAGCAAUGGGCCAAGAGGAUCAGGAGCUGUUAAUUCGUGGAGGAAGCAAACAUCCAUCCGCCGAGCAUCUGAACAACGGUGACAGCGGAGGAGCUUCCCAGAGUUGCAUUAAUCAGGGUUUCGGUCAGACCAAGAACUAUGGAACUCUUCGGCCGCCUACUCCGCCGGAGAACUCUGGAUCGGGCAGUGGCCAACUACCAGAGAACCUUACCUACGCCUGGCACAACCUAGACAUUUUCGGAGCUGUUAAUCAACCGGGAUCAGGAUGGCGGCAGCUGGUCAAUCGGACCCGCGGACUCUUCUGCAACGAGCGACACAUUCCGGCACCCAGGAAACAUCUCCUGAAGAACGUCUGCGGAGUUGCCUAUCCGGGUGAAUUGCUGGCCGUAAUGGGCAGUUCCGGUGCGGGAAAGACGACUCUGCUGAAUGCCCUUGCUUUUCGAUCGCCACAGGGCAUUCAGGUAUCGCCAUCUGGAAUGCGACUCCUCAAUGGCCAACCAGUGGAUGCAAAGGAGAUGCAAGCCAGAUGCGCCUAUGUCCAGCAAGAUGACCUCUUUAUUGGCUCGCUGACGGCUAGGGAACAUCUUAUUUUCCAGGCAAUGGUGCGGAUGCCAAGACACUUGACCUAUCGUCAGCGGGUGGCUCGAGUGGAUCAGGUGAUCCAGGAGCUAUCGCUCAGCAAGUGCCAACACACGAUUAUCGGUGUUCCUGGCCGGGUGAAAGGUCUCUCGGGCGGUGAACGGAAACGACUGGCCUUUGCUUCGGAGGCGCUAACCGAUCCGCCACUGCUCAUCUGUGAUGAGCCAACCUCCGGACUGGACUCUUUCACAGCCCACAGUGUUGUCCAGGUGUUGAAGAAGCUAUCACAGAAGGGCAAGACCGUAAUCCUAACGAUUCACCAGCCAUCUUCCGAGCUGUUUGAACUCUUUGACAAGAUCCUCCUGAUGGCCGAGGGAAGGGUUGCCUUCCUGGGCACUCCCAGUGAAGCCGUCGACUUCUUCUCCUACGUGGGUGCACAGUGUCCCACCAACUACAAUCCAGCUGACUUUUACGUUCAAGUUUUGGCCGUAGUGCCAGGAAGGGAGAUCGAGUCCCGGGAUCGUAUUGCAAAGAUCUGCGACAAUUUCGCCAUUAGCAAAGUGGCCCGGGAUAUGGAACAGUUGUUGGCCACCAAGAAUCUGGAAAAGCCGCUGGAACAGCCGGAAAAUGGUUACACCUACAAGGCCACCUGGUUCAUGCAAUUCCGGGCUGUCCUUUGGCGAUCCUGGCUUUCGGUGCUCAAGGAACCACUCCUCGUCAAAGUUCGACUCAUUCAGACAACGAUGGUUGCCAUCUUGAUUGGCCUUAUCUUUUUGGGCCAACAACUGACCCAAGUGGGCGUGAUGAACAUCAAUGGAGCCAUCUUCCUCUUCUUGACCAACAUGACCUUCCAAAAUGUCUUUGCCACGAUUAAUGUGUUCACCUCAGAGCUGCCAGUUUUUAUGAGGGAGGCCCGGAGUCGACUUUAUCGAUGCGACACCUACUUCUUGGGCAAAACUAUUGCUGAACUGCCACUAUUUCUCACAGUGCCUCUGGUCUUUACGGCGAUUGCCUAUCCAAUGAUUGGGCUGCGGGCCGGAGUGCUGCACUUUCUAAACUGCCUGGCACUGGUCACAUUGGUGGCCAAUGUUUCUACAUCCUUUGGUUAUUUAAUCUCCUGCGCCAGCUCCUCGACCUCGAUGGCCCUGUCCGUGGGCCCACCGGUCAUAAUACCAUUCCUGUUAUUUGGUGGCUUCUUUUUAAAUUCGGGAUCAGUGCCGGUAUACCUCAAAUGGCUGUCAUAUCUUUCAUGGUUCCGGUAUGCCAACGAGGGUCUGCUUAUUAACCAGUGGGCUGAUGUGGAGCAGGGCGAGAUCAGCUGCACCUCGUCGAACACCACGUGCCCCAGUUCAGGCAAGGUUAUUCUAGAGACCCUCAACUUCUCGGCCGCUGAUCUUCCGCUGGAUUAUGUGGGUCUGGCCAUCCUCAUUGUGGGAUUCCGGGUAUUCGCCUAUCUGGCUCUACGACUUCGGGCCAGGCGCAAGGAGUAACCAAAAUAUAUAUAUAUAUAUAUAUAAAUAUAUAGCUUCCUAGUUAAUGCUUCUUUUUUUUACCAUAACUACUAUCGUGUUUAUUGUUUAUUGCCUCCCCACAAAAGCCAUUGUAAUUCUGUUUAUGUCAAUAAAGAACAAGAUAUGUAUGUAUGA